AUGGCCCCAAGCCCCAAGCCCAAGCCCAAAGACCGGCCCGAAAUGGUGGCCCGCCGCCUGGCCAGCGACCCGUCCUUCCGCGCCAGGUGCCGCCAGGGGCUGCGGGAGGCCACCGCCGGCGGCGGGCGGGUGCUGGACCGAGUCAAGCGGCUCAACGACUUCCUCGCCACGGGGUUGGUCCUGGAGGAGGAUGAGGAGCCACAGCCUGGCGGCGCGCCAGUUGCCUACCCCCAGCACAUGCCCUGGGAGACCCCUGCAGUGCAGGCGCCGCCCUCCCAACCGCCAGAAGCGCAGCUGCCAGUGCCGCCGCCUCAGCCGCCGCCGCCGCACAUUCAGCCGCAGCCGGCCUCCCCAGAAGACAGCGACGUAGAGGAGUGUGGAGAGGCUGCCCUGUUGCUGGCAGCGCAGCGCGCGGCGGAGCAGCAGCACCAGAAGCAGGCGGCGGCGGCGGGCCGGGCCCAGGCCGCCGCGCUGACCAUCCAGCGCCACUACCGGAGGCACCGAGCGCAGUGCCUGUUGUGCCUGCUGCGCGACCUGAAGCAGGCGUCCGACCGGCUGGCGGCUCGCGUCAUACAGGCCGCCUAUCGCGGAGCCUGCGGGCAGCGGCGGCGGCUGGCGGGAGCCGCCCUGGCCCGGCAGCUAGCGGCCCUGCGGCAGCGGCGCCGCAGGCAGCGCCAGGCGGCAGUGCGCCAGGCGGCAGUGCGCCAGGCGGGGCGCUGUGGAGGCGCUGCCCCCGUGGCGAAGGGCAGGGCAGGGGCAGCAUGUGAUGAGUCACAGCUGUGUAGUGAGGAGCAGCCGCCGCGGGGCACUGCCACCCCACAGCAGCAGUCGCACUCUGCCAAGCCUGCAGCAGCUGCGUCAGGGGUGUUGGCGGUGCCGCAGGGGGCGCUCAUCGGACGGGUGCCCACUCCUCUCCCACCGUCUGUCGCGCCGCUGAGCCCGGGCCUCCCAGCCACCCAGCUGCUGCCCCGGCCUUGGAGCGGCGGCAUCGUCGCCCGCGGCCACAGCCCCGCCCUGGCACAGCACCGAGCAAGCAUGGGGCCCUGCUACAGCAGCUGCAGCGGCAGCGGCAGCGGCAGCGGCAGCGGCGGCAGCAGCCGGCAGGCCACCCCGGGCCCGCCCGGCUCCAGCCUGGGCAGCUGUGGCAGCGGCUUCCUGCCUCCGGCAUCUCCCGGCCGCCGCGCGGGCAGCAGCCAGCAGCGGGAGCUGUACCGCCGUACCAGCAGUAUCCAGCUGCUGGAGGCGGUACAGCUGGGCUUGGACGACCAGGAGGGGUCCUGGGUGGCCUCCCAGGCAGCCCUAGAGGCCAGCGAGCGCACCCAGGACAGAGCGCAGGAGCUGCAGCGGCGGGCGUCCCUGGGCCGCCCGCCCGCCGGCGGUGCCGCGGCAGCUGGCACCAGGAUCGCGCGCACGUGCAGCGGCUUGCAGCGGCAGGCCAGCCGGGCGCACUGGAGCGGCGUGGAGGCGAUCCAGGAGUGA